CCGAGUCCUGGGCACAGGGGUGUGCCUGUCCUGUGCCACUAUGUUCCCUGUGGUGGUGGUCCCUGUGGGGUGCCUGUGCCUGGGCCAGGUGAAUCGUGCCACCUGCCACGGGUGACAGGAGUCACGUUGCCAUGGUGCUUGGUGCCACUUGUCCUCUUGGAGCCAAUAAAGGUGCCCGUUGCCCCGGGUGCGGAGAGCAGGGCCCGGCAGCAGCAGGGGACAGGAGCUCACUUCAGGCAGCAGGAUCCAUGUGCCCAGCCCUCUGCCCAAAAAUGCCGAGGCCCUUGCAGCCCCUCUCGCUCGUGGUCCUGCUUCUCCUCGCUGCCAGUGCCCAGGGACAGGCUGUCGCGGGCCCYAAGGUGCUGCAGCCGUGGCUCAUUGGCCUCACGGCCGUCGUCGUCUUYCUCUUCGUUGUCUUCGUGGCGCUGCUCGCUAACCGGCUGUGGAAUCUCAGGAGGCGCAGGAAAGAGGAUGACCACCCGGAGGCCCUGGCGACUGACAGAAUGGGGCGUUCCGGCCACGUCAACCCGGCAGCUGAGGACUCGGAGGAGCUGAGCGACGACAAGCAAGAGAGCAAGGCCACGUCCCUCUGAGUGCCCACCGCUGGCCGCUGCCCGCCCCGGGGCACCUCCGAUCGGCACCGCGCCCUCACCCCGUCCGCGGGCCGUUCAUCCGUGCCGGGUUUCGACGACAGCCGUGGCCACCGUGGCACUUCCCGCCCCGCAGCCGCUCCGGCUAUGAUCAAGACCCGGCGUGGAUGAGCCGCUUAC